UACACUGAUCAUCAGGGCACACUGAUAAUCAGUGUACAUAGGGGACAUGUACACUGAUCAUCAGGGCACUGAUGAUCAGUGUGCCCUGAUGAUCAGUGUAGCCCCAUCUAUGCCACCUGUCAGUGUCCAUCAAUGCCACAUAUCAAUGCCUACCAGUGCACAUCAAUGCCACAUAUCAAUGCCUACCAGUGCACAUCAUGCCACAUAUCAAUGCCAUAUACCAGUGCACAUCAGCUGCCACAUAUCAAGUGCCUACCUGCACAUCAAUGCCAUAUAUCAGUGCCCAUCUGUGCUGCCUUUCAGUGCUACCUAUCAGUGCCAGUCAGUGCUGCCAAUCAGUGCC